AUGGCACAAGACGAUACGAGGGGUGACUCCACUGGAGUGGACAUCGAAAUGUCUGUGAAAGGCGUUGACCCGAAGCUGGUCCAGCAUUCCGGUGACGCCGAUGAGGCUAUGAAGGCCUUUGACGAAUUGCAGGGUGAAGUGAUUGAGAUUGACGAGGCAACUAACCGACGUCUGUUGCGGACAAUUGACUGGCACAUCAUGCCACUGAUGUGUUUGGUCUACGGCAUGAAUUUCCUCGAUAAAACAACAUUAUCCUACGCUAGUAUCAUGGGUCUGAAAGAUGACUUGGAUCUAGUGGGAGAUCAAUACCAAUGGCUUGGCAGUUUAUUUUAUUUUGGAUACAUUGCUUGGGAAUACCCGACCACGAGGUUGCUUCAGCGUUUGCCUUUGAGUAAAUAUUCGGGCACAUGUAUUGUGCUUUGGGGUAUGAUUCUGAGCUGCUUCGCCGCAGCCAAGAGUUACUCCGGUGCCAUCGCAAUCCGAAUCUUCUUGGGUGUUUUUGAGGCUGCGGUAACACCAGGCUUUGCUCUAUUAACUUCUCAGUGGUACACACGCAACGAACAAGGAAAGCGUGUCAACAUUUGGUACAGCUUCAACGGCUGGGGCCAGAUCUUCGGUGGUCUGGUCGCAUACGGAAUCGCAGUAGGAACAGAAAAGCAUGGAUCCGACAUCGCGCCCUGGAAGAUUGUAUUCCUUUUCACCGGACUGCUCACCGUUGUCCUUGGCAUUCUAUUCCUCUGGAUUGUCCCAGAUAACCAGCUCAAUGCACGCUGGCUCAAGAAGGAAGACCGUAUGCUUGCUGUUGUCCGUGUGCGUGGAAAUCAGCAGGGUAUUGGUAACAAGAACUUCAAGUGGUAUCAGGUCAAGGAAGCCUUGAUGGAUCCGAUGAGCUGGGCAUUCUUUUUUUUCGCGCUCAUUGUUGAUAUUCCUAAUGGAGGCAUCACCAAUUUCUUCAGCCAGCUGAUUACAAGUUUCGGCUAUACUCAAGAACAGAGUUUGUUAUACGGCACACCUGCUGGUGCUGUCGAGGUCGUCGCUCUACUAUUGAACGGAUACAUGGGCGACCGAACAGGUCAACGAAUUUUGUGUAGUUUAGGAGGUCUCUUCACGGCUACACUCGGCGUGAUCCUCAUCGUCGCACUGCCGCUCGAGAACAACGUCGGUCGAUUGAUUGGUUAUUACAUGACGCAGGCUUUCCCAACAUGUUUCGCCGCCUUACUCUCGCUGAUUUCAUCCAAUGUGGCCGGAUACACGAAGAAGACAACCGUCGCUGCCAUGUACUUGAUCGGAUACUGUGCUGGCAACAUCAUCGGUCCUCAAACAUUCCGCCCCCAGGACGCUCCCCGUUACGUCUCCGCUGAGAUCACCAUUAUUGUUUGCUGGGGUAUUUGUUUGUUCAUCAUGCUAUUCAUUUGGUGGUGGUAUAACAAGGAGAACCGCCGCAAGGAGGGAAUCCGCUCUGAGCCUAACUAUACACGUUUGGAAAACCAGGAAUGGCUUGACCUUACGGAUCGGGAGAAUCACGACUUCAUUUAUACCCUUUAG